AUGAAUAAGAAAUAAGUUUUAGAAAUGUAUUGCUUUUAGGAGGGAAAUUAUUACAAUUCAAACAUAGUCUUUAAAGCAAGAGGUAAUAUACAUUUAUGCCUUGUUAUUCAAGGAAAACUGCAGGGACAGAAACAAGACUGUCACUGUAUCAUCAAGAAGUAUCACAUGACCUUCUGUUUGAAGGUCAUGUGGUACUUUAUCAAGUGAAAACACUAAUCUUCAGUAAACAUACCCAAAAUUUUCUAUUUAAAUAAAUGCAGAAUAUGAACUUCAAUAAAGAACAAAGCUUUAUGUUUCUAAUUUAAAUAGGAAGAAAAGAACAUUAAGAGAUAAAAAAGAACAAAGCUUUAGAUGCUCUUCUUCAAUAAGUGAGCUAUAUAAUACGGAAAAGUGAGAAAUAUAUUAUUUUAGCUAACAUCAUGAAAUAAUGCAUACCCAUAAUAUAUUUCCAGUUUUUAUUGACCAUAAGAAAUUUAUUUACAUUUUUAAUAGGAAUGAAAAUGGCUUCUGACAACUUGGCGGUAGGAAUUUUCCUCUUCUCCCAGAUUAUAGUGGGCAUGCUUGGAAAUUUCUCAAUACUACUUUAUUAUGUCAUUUUGAUAGUCACUGGAAAGCAUUUAAUGCCCAAAGACCUCAUCAUAGAACACUUGUCUUUUGCCAACUGCUUGUCUAUCAUCUCAAGAGGCAUUCCACAGACAAUGUCAGAUUUUGGAUUUAAGUAUUUCCUAGAUGACAUUGGAUGUAAAUUGAUAAUGUACAUUUAUCGAAUAUCAAGGGGGGUGUCCCUGUAUGCCAUGUGCCUACUGAGUUGCUUUCAAGCUGUCACAAUCAGUCCCAGCAACUCCAGGUGGAUGAAACUUAAACACAGAGCCACCAAGUAUAUUGGUCCCUCGUGCUCACUCAGCUGGCUAGUUCACCUGCUUCUAAACAUCUCAACACCAAUAAGAGUGUCAGGACCCAUUUACAACAAAAAUGCAACCAGUAUGACUAGUUAUGGAUACUGCUCAUGGUUUGCUUCUGGUAAUGUGUCAACAGCAUUGUAUAUGUUCUUACUGUGCUUCACUGAUGGCCUUUGUCUUGGUCUCAUGGCCUGUUCAAGUGUCUCCAUGGUAAGUAUCCUCUACAGACACAAGAGACAAGUCAAGCACAUACACAGUGCUCAGCACUUUCUGAAAGUCUCACCUGAGGACAGAGCCUCCCAAACUAUCCUCACCCUUGUGUGCAUAUUUGUCAUUUCUUAUUCAUUGUCUUCCAUUUUGGUAAUCUUUACGACCUACUCCAAAGUUCCAAUGCUAUGGGUAGUAAGUGUAUUUCUAUUUCUAGAAGUAUGCUUUCCCACAGUUAGCCCCUUUGUUCUCUUCAGCAAUAUCAAGCCUAGUUGCAGCAUAUUUUUACCUUGCUGUGGUAAGAGAAAGCUUCUUUCAAGUUUGACGUGAGCUGUAAUUAUCUGUCUUUGCUUAUAUAUUGGCAUACUCUUUUAUCUAUUGUAGGAUGUUAAAACUCCAGUUUGAAAAUACUGAACAUACUCUUCUCUCCACCUUCUUCACCAAAUCCUAUAGGUGUGUGUGCCACAACAACUGGCAAUAAGACUCAAGUCUGUAGGGAUCAAAGACCUCAGCAUAAAAUCAGAUACAAUGAACCUGAUAUCACAAAAAGGGGGAAUAGCAUUAAAUUAGUUGCCACUGGGACAACUUCUUGAACAGAACACAUAUUGUUCAAGCACUAUGGUCAACAAUUAAAAAUGGAACCUCAUUAAACUGAAAAGCUCCUAUAAGGCAAAGUACACUGGCAAUAGGACCAAAUGGCGUCCUGCAGAAUGGAAAAAGAUUUUCACCAACUCCAUAUAUGAUAUAGGGCUAAUAUAUGAAAUACAUAAUAACUCAAGAAACUAAACAUGAAUAAACCAAACAAUCUAAUUUUUUUUGUUUUUACGUGUCAGGGUUUCUCUGUAUUGUUUUGGAGGGUGUCGGUCCAGCCUGGCCUCGAACUCACAGAGAUCCGCCUGCCUCUGCCUCCCGAGUGCUGUGAUUAAAGGCAUGUGCCACCACUGCCCGGCCAAACAAUCUAAUUUUAAAAUGAGGUAUGCUUCUAAACAAAGAACUCUCAAUAGAAGAAAUUCAAAUGGCUAAGAAGCAUGUUAAAAAUGUUCAAUAUCCUUAGCCAACUUUGAAACACAAAUAAAAACUACUUUGAGAUUCUAUCUCACACCUGUCAUAAAGGAUAAAUUCAGUAUCACAAAUGACAGUUCAUAUUGGUAAGGAUGUGGAGCAGGGUGAACACUCCUCCAUUGCUGGUGGGAAUGCAAACUUGUAUAGCUACUAUGGAAAUCAGUGUUGUGAUUCCUCAAAAACUAGUAAUGGAUCUAACACUCUUGGUCAUAUACCCAAAGGAUGUUCCGUUCUACCACAAAGACACUUGAUCAGCUAUGCUCAUAAUAGCUCUAUUCAUAAUAAUUGGAAACUAGAAAUGACCUGGAUGGCCCCCAACUGUAGAAUGGCUAAAGAAAAUGUAAUACAUUUAUAUAAUGGAGUCGUGUCAGUAGUUAAAAAAAUGACUACAGGAAAUUUGUAGGCAAAUGGAUAUAUAUUAAAAAUCAUCUUGAGUGAAGUAACCUG